GAUAGCUCAACACGCCACCACAUCUCCAGAGCCUUCAAACACUGCAGCUCAGAGCCGACAUCAGCCCUCUGCUGCUUCAGACUGGAGUAAUGGACUCUUCUAAUAAAGGGAUAAAUCACGAGCAUAUUGAGAGUUGGCCAACCCCAAGACAUCGCAGAACCCAACUUGACAUCAAGACUAAAGUGCCAGAUGACAAGAAAGUGCCUUCAUACGCAAAACAGCAUCCAAACAUGAAUGUUCCUCAGCCUGAGAAUUCCCCCACUGCAUCUUCUGAGUCCAUUAGAAACACUUCAGGGAAGAGCCCUUCAUCAUCAGGAAUGGGCCCUGGCCACAAAAAUGAAUCAGCAAUGAGAUCAUGCAGCCUGGACAGCUCUGCAUGCUCCUCUGAGCCUGCUGAACUGCGGCUGGUGCUGGUGGGCAGAACAGGGGCUGGGAAAAGUGCUACCGGAAACACAAUUUUGGGAACAGAAAGCUUCACAUCCAAAGUGAGCAUGAGCUCAGUGACGAAGGAGUGCCAGAUUGCGAGUGGUGAAGUCCAGGGGCGAAGUCUUGCAGUUAUUGACACACCUGGGUGGUUUGACACUUCCAUGAAAGAUAACGAAGUAGAAACAGAAGUGGUAAAGUGUAUGGCCAUGUGUUCCCCUGGACCCCACGCGUUCCUGCUCAUCAUAAAGAUCGAUCGCUUCACAGACGAGCAGCAGAGGACUGUAGAACUGAUUCUGGAGACCUUCCGAGGGAACAUGGCCGACCACACUAUCGUCAUUUUCACCCACGGCGAUCUGCUGGAGGGAGAGCCAAUCGAGCAGUUCAUAUCAGACGAGGACGACGAGAGAGUCCAGCAUCUUGUUCAGCAAUUCGGCAUGCGCUUCUUGGCCUUCAACAACAAAGACCUAAACAACCAAGACCAGGUGACUGAGCUUCUGAAGAAGGUGGACGAGUUGCUGGUGCAGAAUGAGAACCGCCACUUCACCAACCAGCAAAUAGAGAUGGUGGAAAAAGUCAUGCAAGUGCUGGAACAGAAUCAAGAAGCUCUGACAGCUGAAUUAAUUAAGAGGGCCAAGCAAGAUGUAAGAAACGAGGGACAGCAGCGUAGGGAUGAUCUUUUGAAAGCCUUGAAGGAGGACAAGCAAGAAAUACAAAGACGCAGGAUGCGCAUCAAAAGAAAGAUCAGCCAGAUAUUAAAAGAUUUAAGUCUGAGUCCAGAUCCGAACAGACUAAAGCGCCUGACAGAAUCUCUUCAGAGAGAACAUGACAACCUCUCACAGUCAGAAGAGGAAGAAAAGAAGAGGAUGAAAGAAGCUGAAGAGGAACAGGAGGAACUGGACUUAUGGAUGCAAGAAGAAGAGAAGAAAAGAGAGGAAGAAGUGCGGGAAAAGGCUUCAAUUAAAAGCAGAUGGUAUAAAGAUCCUUCUUACUUAAAAAUCCUGACGUACCUGGUUGUUUUUAUUGGAGGGGCUGGGCUUGGAUUUAUACCUACGCUUUUUAGCCUUUUUGCCCCUGCAGCAGCAGCAGCAGCACCUGUAGGUCUGAUGGCUCAGUUAUCUGCUUUGAUUGGACCUGAGCUUGUAGCUGUCCUUACAGCUGCCGUAACAGCCUCAGUUAGAAACGCAGCUCCUCUGCUUUUUACUCAGUGCUCUAUUCAGGUCCUGAUGGACUACAACAGCAAGGACAUGGCCAAACCCAAGGAAGUUCAGCCUAUGUACAGUCAGUGGUCUGAAAAACUGCGAAGUCUUGCAGUUAUUGACACACCUGGGUGGUUUGACACCUCCCUAACAAAUAAGGAAGUAGAACAGGAAGUGUUAAGGUGUAUGGCCAUGUGUUCCCCUGGACCCCACGCGUUCCUGCUCAUAAUAAAGAUUGAUCGCUUCACAGACGAGCAGCAGCAGACUGUAGAACUGAUUCAGAAGACCUUUCAGGAGAACAUGGCCAACCACACUAUCAUCAUUUUCACCCACGGCGAUGUGCUGAGAGGAAAGCCAAUCGAGCAGUUCAUAUCAGAACAGGACGAGAGAGUCCAGGGUCUUGUUCAGCAAUUCGGCAGCCGCUUCAUGGCUUUCAACAACAAUGACCCGAAGAACCAAGACCAGGUGACUGAGCUUCUGAAGAAGGUGGACGAGUUGCUGGUGCAGAACGAGUACCGCCCCUUCACCAACCAGCAAACAAAAAUUAUAUAUCAGUUAUUGCAAGUACUGGAACAGAAUCAAGGGCCUCUGACAGAUGAAUUAAUUAAGAAAGCCAAGCAAGAAGUAAGAAACGAGGCACAGAAGCGUAGGGAAGAUAUUUUGAAAGCCUUGGAGAAGGACAAGCAAGAAACACUCAAACUGAACAUCCCAGGAAAGAUCAGUCAGAUAUUAGAAGAACUACAGAAAGAGCAACAAAGUCUGAGUCCAGAUCCAAACAGACUAAAGCUCCUGACAGAAUCUCUUCAGAAAGAAAAAGACAACCUCACACAGUCAGAAGAGAAGGAAAAGAAGAGGAUGAAAAAAGCUGAAGAGGAACUGGAGAAACUGGACAUUUGGGUGCAAAACGAAGAGCAGAAAAGAGAAAGAGAAGUGCGGGAAAAGGCUUCAAAUAAAAGCAGGUGGUAUAACGAUCCUUUUUACUUCAAAAUCCUGAUGUGCCUUGGUGUUUUAAUGGGAGGGGCUGGGCUUGGGAUUGUAGCUUUAAAGGUUAUAGUCUCUGCAACAGCACCAGCACAACUGUUGGGUCAGUUAGCUUCUUUGAUUGGACCUGAGAUGGUAGAUAUCCUAAAAGCUGCUCUGAAAGCUUCAGUUAAAAGUGCUGGUCCAAUGGUUGCUAGUCAUUGUCCCAUGCAGUAA